UACAAAUCCAAGCCUUUCUCUACUACAUCUUCAAAGCUUAGCCACAUUCUAACUUUGAGUUUGAGAAAUCAAAUUACUUCUAAGUUCAAGCAAAGAUGGAGAAGGUGAUGAGAUUGACCUCAGAGAAGGGAGUGGUGAUGUUCAGUAAGAGCUCAUGUUGCAUGUGCUACGCGGUCAAGAUUCUUUUCCACGAACUUCAGGUGAACAUUUUGGUUCAUGAACUCGACCAGGACCCUGAAGGUAGAGAUAUGGAGAGGGCACUCAUGAGAAUGGGUUGCAACACACCUGUGCCUGCGGUGUUCAUUGGUGGUAAGUUGGUGGGAUCGACAAAUGAAGUUAUGUCUCUCCAUCUCAAUGGUGCUCUUGCUCAAUUGAUCAGACCAUAUCAAUUUAUGUCAUAAAUGAUCGUUGCCCUGAUACCAUAUUAAAAAUAUAUGCUCUUUCCGUACGUACUAUUUAUGGAAAAAAAUCGUCUGCAAUUCCGAUCUCGUACAAUUCCGUGUAAUACCACCUUCAGGCGGUGACACGUGUA